AUGAGUCUAACCACAAUUGUUCAUAUCAGCCUAAGGCCAACCACGCAUAAUGACGCGCGACUCGUGAACGCGUCUGAUUCCCCACUUAAACCUCGAACGCGAAUUUACAGCACUUUAGAACCUCACUCUCGCUCUCCAGCUUCUGCCCAGAGCCAUUCUAGCUUCACACCUCACCUAAUCAUUGUCAUUCGGCACCUCGCUUCACUUCCACAUAAUCACGUUUCAUCUAUACUCUUUGGUUUCGACGUCCGGACACACAUAUUCAAGAUGUUGGAAGCACGACUAGAACAAGCAAGCCUUCUCAAGCGUGUCGUCGACGCUAUCAAAGAUCUCGUACAGGACUGCAACUUUGACUGCAAUGACUCGGGAAUUGCCCUUCAGGCCAUGGACAACUCUCACGUCGCUCUGGUUUCCAUGCUUCUUAAAGCUGAGGGUUUCUCGCCCUACCGCUGCGACCGCAACAUUGCCCUUGGUAUCAAUCUAGUUUCCUUAACCAAGGUCCUGCGUGCCGCUCAAAACGAAGACAUCCUCACACUCAAGGCGGAUGACUCGCCUGAUGCCGUGAACCUCAUGUUUGAGAGCGCCGAGACCGACCGAAUAAGCGAGUAUGACAUCAAGUUGAUGGACAUUGACCAAGAGCACCUUGCCAUCCCUGAGACAGAGUAUGCCGCUACAGUGGAGAUGCCGUCGGCGGAAUUCCAGCGGAUCUGCAGAGAUUUGAACGCGCUUUCUGAAUCUGUUGUCAUUGAGGCUACCAAGGAAGGUGUCAAGUUCUCGUGCCAGGGCGACAUCGGCAGUGGCUCGGUUACCAUCCGUCAACACACCAGCGUCGACAAGCCCGAGCAGAACGUUUCCAUUGCCCUUAGCGAGCCUGUUGCUCUCACCUUUUCCCUUAAGUACCUCGUCAACUUCUGCAAGGCUACAUCGCUGUCGAGCCAGGUUACUCUCUGCCUAUCCCAGGAGGUGCCUCUACUUGUUGAGUACGGGCUGGGAAGCGGCCACCUGAGAUUCUAUCUUGCUCCUAAGAUCGGAGACGAGGAGUAA